AUGGCGGUUAAAAGCCGACUUUAUUUAGGAAGGGAAAAACAACUUGCCAAAAAAGUUUCUGAACUAGUAGAAGAAAAAUGUAAGAUUCUUAAAACACUUAGCCUUUUUAAAAAAGAGUAUGAAUGUCUAGAAUCAUCUUUAAAGGAUGGAAACUUUGAGAAAGAGUCAUCAGAAACAUCCAAUCUGGAGGCUGCAUAUGAGAAACUGAACAAGGCAAACUCUGUACUUACGGAUGAAAUACAUUCUCUAGAAACAGAUUUGAAAGAGGAGAAAUCUAAACGAUCAGAACAAGAUGAGUUGAUGGCUGACAUUAAAAGACGAAUACAAUCCCUUGAAGAUGAAUCAAAGUCUAUCAAAUCACAAGUGGCUGAAGCCAAAACAACCUUAAAAGUGUUUCAGAUGAAUGAAGAACGACUUAAAACAUCAAUAGAAGAUGCAUUGGAAGAAAAUAACCAUCUUCAGGAAAGCCAAAAACAGCUUUUACAAGAAGCUAAAGGAUGGAAUGAACGAUUGAAUGAACUUAAUGAACAGAAAAACAUGCUAGAAACUUCUAAAGCAAAUAUGGAGCAAGUUAUAACUAAUAAAGAAGGUCAGAUCAAGUCUCUGACAGAAUGCUUGCUGAAGAUGAAAGAUUGGGCUGCUGCACUGGGGGAAGAUGUCUUUGAUAAUCAUUGUGAAGCUGAAAUAAAUAGCGAUUCAGCAAUUGGAGAACAUUUAGAUGAUCAUCAAAAGAAGACUGUGAAAAAACUGAUUUAUGCUGCAAAGUUGAAUGCUUGUUUAAAAACCGUGGAAGCAGAAAGGAACCAUAUAUAUUCCCAAUUGUCUGAUGAAGAUAAAAUAAAAGAUGAGCUUAAAGGUCAAAUUGAAGUUCUUCAAACUGAGCAAAUAUCUUUGAAGUCUGAAAAUGCAUAUUUUGAAAGUGAAGUACAAAAGCUUCAACAAAAACUUAAAGUAAUGACUGAAUUGUAUCAAGAAAAUGAAAUGAAACUUCAUAGGAAAUUGACUAUUGAAGAAAAAGACCGCUUGCAGAAAGAGGAGAAACUUUCCAAAGCAGGAAAAAAGAUUAGUCAUGCUUCUGAAGAGCUUAAUUCUUACAGAGAACGAGCCAAGGAUCUUGAAGAAGAAUUGGAAAGGACAAUUCGUUCUUAUGAAAGCCAGAUCACUGCUCAUGAGAAAAAAGCUCAUGAUAACUGGUUGACAGCUCGGGCUGCUGAAAGACAUCUCAGUGAUUUAAAAAAAGAAAAUGCGCACAACAGACAAAAAUUAACUGAAACAGAAUUUAAAUGUGACCUCUUAGAAAAAGAGCCUUAUGCCCUUGAUGUUCCAAAUAGAUCGUUUAGCAGAGAGCAUUCCCCAUAUGGACCCUCACCAAUGGGUCGGCCUUCACCAGAAAUGAGAGCUUUUCUCUCCCCUCCAACUUUGUUGGAGGGUCCACUCAGACUUUCACCUUUGCUUCCAGGGGGAGGAGGAAGAGGCUCAAGAGGACCAGGGCAUCCUCUGGAUUAUCAGAAUACCAAUGAGAGAGGAGAAUUAUCUGAUCCCCACAGAGCAUCUUCAGAUACUGGAUCCCUGUCACCUCCAUGGGAUAGAGAUCAUAGAAUGACUAUUCCUCAUUCAGAUGAGGUGGUAUCCUCAGAAAUGGAAUCCAACAGGAAUGAUACCAAAGAUGAUUUUGGUAAUUUAAAUAUGCCUGACCCAUCUCUCGCACCUCAAAGUGAAGUAGCUGGCCCAGGCUUUGUUCCACCACCUCUUCCUUUAGUCCGAGGUCCUCUGUUGCCAGUGGAUCCAAGAGGGUCAAAAAUGAGAAGAGGACCUCCCAUUACACCCCCUCCUCCUGGAAGCAUGUAUGGACCUCCUAGGGGCUACUUUCCAGCAAGGAAUUUCCCUGGUCCACCACAUCCUCAAUUAUCAAUGAGAAGUGUCUAUCCACCCAGGUCCUUUCCUCAAUAUCUUCCCUCAAGAGAUGGAUUUUUCCCCCCACCUCCACAUCCUGAAAGUAGAAAUGAGCAAUCUUCAGGGUUGAUUCAGCCUUCAAAUGAGCCUACUGCUGAUCAUCCAGAACCACAGCAAGAAAUUUGACAGGGUUUUUUUGUUUAACCAAAAGUAAUUUAUGAUGUAUUUUUUAAUCAUCUCUCAUUUUCAAUUUAAAUAACUGC